AAAGAGAGGGAGACUAGAGACUAUGAUGUUUCAACAAGAGUAUCAAUAUGGCUUGUCACUCAUGGAAACAUCAUCAAGCUACAAAGUCUUAGCAGAGCAACAACCUAUUUCAACGGACAACUUAUAUUCUCUAUGAGCACGAGGUGGUUUCAGUGA